GACAGUAAAAGAAAGAAGUCUUCAACUUUAAAAGAACGCAGUUUGAAGAUGAGGCAACUUAUAGCCCUAGUUUUAUUUUCCAAUUUAGCUAUAUGUAAAUGCAGUGAAUUCGAAGCCGAGUCACCUCUUGAUCGAGGCUGGGGAGAAAAGAUAGAAUGGAAAACUUUGGAAGAUGGUUUGAAAGCAGCGAAAAAGAGUGAUAAGCCACUAAUGCUGUUGAUUUACAAGACCUGGUGUGGAGCCUGUAAAGCGUUGAAGCCCGACUUCGCGAAUUCUCAAGAAAUCGCAGAUCUGAGUAAACAUUUUGUGAUGGUUAAUGUAGAGGAUGAAGAGGAGCCAAAGGAGGAAAAGUACCGCCCAGAUGGAAGAUAUAUUCCUAGGAUCUUGUUUUUGUCUGCAGAAGGAGAGGUCAUGAAAGAAUUUUACAAUGAAAACGGGAAACACAAAGACACUAAGUACUACUAUGGGAAAACCUCUGAGAUUAUUGACAGUAUGAAGUCAGUCCUGAAAAAGACCAAAGGGAGCGAUAUACUGAAAGAAAUUGAAGAACCAGCCGUAAAAAGCAAUCCUCUCGCAAGAGGUUUUGGAGACCGUAUAGACUGGGUGACGUUCGAAGAUGGAUUAAAGCAAAUUAAACAGAGUGGCAAGUGGAUGUUGCUUCUCAUUCACAAGACUUGGUGUGGUUCGUGUAAAGCCCUGAAACCAAAACUUGCUGACUCAAAGGAGUUUGCAGAAAUGAGCAGGCAUUUUGUGAUGGUAAAUACAGAAGACGAAGAAGAGCCGAAGGGAAGCCAGUUUGUGGUUGAUGGCGAGUACAUCCCAAGAGUUCUUUUUCUGAAUCCCGAAGGAAAAGUAGUUGAUGAUAUUUGGAAUGAAGGCACUAAACAUCCUCACGUCAAAUAUUACUACAGUGGUCCUCAAGAACUAAUAAGUGGGAUGAAAAGGGCUCUUAAAAUGAAGGAAACUGGAGGUUUAGAAAAAAAAGAAGACAAAAAAGGAGAGGACGUAGAAGAGAAAGACCCAUGGUGGAAACCUAAAGAAAAUUUGUCCAGAGGUUUUGGUGAUCAUAUUAAAUGGGUGUCGUACGAGAAGGGUUUAAAGGAAGCAAAGGAAAGUAAUAAGCAUAUGCUUCUGAUUAUUCACAAAUCCUGGUGCAGCUCAUGCAAAGCCUUGAAACCGAAGCUGGCAAAGCACAGAGAGUUUGGUGAGCUCAGCAAAAAAUUCGUGAUGGUCAACACCGAUGAUAACGAGGAACCGCAAGGAGAGCAAUUUGAUGUUGACGGGAAAUAUGUGCCGAGGAUUUUCUUCUUAGAUCCUAAUGGUAAAGUGAAAAAAGACAUAUGGAACGAGGGAACCAAACAUAAACACGUGAAAUACUACUACCAGGAUGGAGAAGAAUUAUUGAUAGCGAUGAAAAAAGCUUUGAAAAUUGAGGAUCAACCAAAGGCAGUAUCUGAUCACGGAUGGGGCGAAGACAUCACAUGGACGUCGAUUGAAGAGGGUUUCGAAAAAGCAAAAGAAGAAAAGAAGCCAUUGAUGUUGAUAAUUCACAAAUCAUGGUGUGGAGCAUGCAAAGCUUUGAAGAAGAAGUUUGCUAAGUCCAAUGAGGUUGCGGAGUUAAGCAAACAGUUUGUUAUGGUUAACAUUGAAGAUGAUAGUGGAAAAACGGCCGACACCUUUGACGUGGAUGGCGCUUAUGCCCCGAGAAUGUACUUCCUGGAUCCUUUCACGCGUGAGAUUAUGAAGGAAUUUCACAACACCGAUAAGUCUUUCAAGGACUACAAAUAUGCUUAUGCAGAACCCAAGGAAAUCGCUGACAUGAUGAAGAAAGUUCUCGGGAGAGAAAUGAGUGCAGGAAUUGGCCCAGACAGAGGUUUUGGUGCUCAUUUAAAGUGGAUGAAGCUUGAUCAUGUUCUAAAAGAAGCUAAAGUAUCCAAAAAGCCAAUCAUGAUGGUUUUACAUAAAAGCUGGUGUCAGAUUAGUCAAGAUCUCAAACCAAAAAUUGCUGAAUCCAAGGAAAUCGCUGAGCUAAGCAAAAACUUUUUGUUGGUCAACCUUGAGGACGACGAAAUCCCCAAGGAUGGAAAAUAUGACGGUGAUGGAUCUUACGUUCCGAGAAUUGUAUUCUUGGAUUCCGAUGGAAAAUUGAAGAAAGAAAUUGAUAAUGAAGACACUUCUCUUGACAAAACAAAAUACUUUUACAAGACAGCUGAGGAAAUCAUCAAAUCUAUGAAAAAGCUGAUACCAGAAACAGAAGGUUUGGACAGAGGCUUUGGUAAACAGAUUAACUGGAUGCCAAUGGAAAAAGGUCUUGAAGAAGCAAAGAAAAGUGAGAAACCAGUGAUGCUUAUCAUACACAAGUCGUGGUGUGGCGCGUGUAAAGCUUUGAAACCAUUUAUAGCAGAAUCUAAACUAAUUGCUGAACUCAGCGAGAAAUUCGUCAUGAUCAACGUGGAGGACGACGAAGAACCCAAGGAUGACCAGUUUGAUGUGGAUGGCAAAUACUUCCCUCGAAUCUUUUUCCUGAAUAACGAGGGUAAAGUCCAAAGAGAUCUUCACAAUAUGGACCUCGAGUUCAUAAAGUUCAAGUAUUUUUACAACGAUGACGAGGAAUUGGUAAAUACAAUGAAAACCGCUUUAAAGAAACUUAUCAAGCCGCCGCCUUCGUUGGAUAGAGGUUUAGGAAAAGAAAUUAAUUGGAUGAAGUUAGAAGAUGCCUAUGUUGAAGCAAAAAAGAGCUGGAAGCCAAUUCUGAUCUUUAUUCAUAAAAGCUGGUGCAGUGCCUGUCAGGCUUUUAAACCAAAAUUUGCUGCAUCCCAGAAGAUAAAAGACCUGAGCUCAGAACUUGUCAUGGUCAACGUAGAGGACGAAUUUGAUAACAACCAAAAGAAGUUUGAUAUUGACGGAGCAUACUUUCCAAGGGUCUUAUUCAUGGAUCCUUUGGGUAAUGUUAUGGAGAAAAUAGUCAACGCUGGUACUAUAUACAAAGAAAGCAAAUAUUAUUACUGGGAACCACAUUCAGUCGUUAGAUCCAUGGAAAAAGCUGUAGACAAAGUCAAAACCAUGACAAGACCUAAAGAUGAAUUAUGAGGAGAAAGUACUUCGUAUAGAUAACUCGAAUAACAUUUCCUAGGUCUUUUAGACGUUUGCUAAACUCUAAAGUGAUUUUUGCAGCUUAA